AUGGCCUUCAAAUAUUUCGCCUUGUUUGCCCUCGUUGCCGUCGCCGCUGCUGGCAUCCACGAGCUCCAUCUCGAUGAGGAGCAUCAUGCCCCCGCCGAAUACACCUUCGAGUAUGCCGUGCAUGACGAUCACACUGGCGACAUCAAGAGCCAGAAGGAAACCCGUCAUGGAGACCAAGUCGAGGGACACUACACCUUGAUCGAUGCCGAUGGUCAUCGUCGUGUCGUUCACUACACCGCCGACAAACACAACGGAUUCCAAGCCAAGGUUGAGCGCGAAUACGUCGGAGCCCACUACGAAGCCCCCAAACACGUCAAGUACGUUGCUCCUGCCCCAGUCCACAAAGUUUAUGAAUCUGCCCCAGUUUACACAAAGUAUGAAGCUGCCCCAGUUUACACUAAAGUUGAAGCUGCCCCAGUUUACAAAUCUUACGGACAUCAUGAUGAUGGACACUCGCACGUCGUUGUCAAGACCCACGGAGCUGAAUAUCACUAUUAA